AUGUCUGACUAUAAAAAUGAACGUGAAGAAGAAGAACAACCAGCAGCCAAGGAAGAGGACCUCAUGACAGAGAAACCAGCUGACAAAGAAAAAGAGGAACUUAUCAAAGUUAAUAAUUCUAACCUUGUAGAAUUAAAAAACGCAUGUGAUGAUUAUAUUCAGAAGUACUUUACUACAAAAGCUGAAUUCAUCCAAAAUCAUAAGCAUACGGAUUUUAAAUUAAUAAUUGGAUAUUUAUCUUGCGCGUUCGCUCUUUGUGGUGGUUAUUAUGGACAAGUAACACCAUUUAAUGAAUCAAAGGAAGUUACACUUAUUUGUGUCGUUGUAUACUUUAUUUUAAACUUGAUACUAGUAAUUUACACAUUCAUAUUUGAAAAAGAUACCGUAUUCUUGGGCGAAAAAAAUACACCAGAUAUUAAAGAACGUCUUACGAUUCACACAAAUACCAAAAAGUAUUCAGAUAUUUAUAAUAUCACUUUUGAAUUUCAUGGAAGUAAUUCAUCUAGUAAAAUUAUAAAUUCAAAGCACAAAAUAUCGAAAUCUUUCGGUAAUUGGUUUGAUGUUAAUGGAUUAAUGAGUACUGAAAUAUUUGAGAGGGAGUUGGCUAAUGGACUGGAAGCUGUAAGGGGUGGAAAAUUACAUAUUCAGUAA